ACAAAUUGACGGUCAUAUCCAUCGUCAUGGUCGUUCGUCCUACGACUCCACCGGAUAACGCUAAAGCCUCCGUUCUCCCUGCCUCUCGAGGCGUAUUUGAAUUAACGACUCUUCCUAUCCCCAAGCCUGCGUCGGGACAGCUUCUCGUUAAACUCGCUGCUUCUGCUCUCAACCCGUCCGAUUGGAAGACGCAUGCAUUAGGCUUUUGGAUGUCGGACUCGUAUUCCUUCAUUGGCGGAUUCGACGGGGCCGGUACCGUGGAGGACGUCGGCAGUGACGUCGCCGGAUUUACCAAGGGCGACCACGUACUCGUCCAGGGGUGGAAGGAAGAGGAGUCGGACGCCUUCCACGGCACUUUCCAGCAAUAUGCUGCCUUCCCGACAUAUGUAGCAGCCAAGAUACCGAAAAGCAUUCCCUUCGCGGAAGCAGCUCCUCUUUUCAGCUGCAUCGCCACAGUUGCUGUGUCUCUGUACAGUAAGAAACCCGACGGCAGCUCGAGCCUCAAGCUCACCGCUCCUUGGGAGGACAAAGGACAAGGUGCUUACUCAGGGAAGUCCGUGUUCAUUCCUGGCGGAGCCACUAACGUGGGCCAGUUCGCCAUUCAAUUUGCAAAGCUCUCCGGGUUCAGCCCUAUCAUCAUCACCGCUUCGCUCCGCAAUCAGAGCCUCCUGACGGGUUUUGGGGCUACCCACAUCAUCGACCGCACCCUGCCCUCCGAGAAGAUCAUCGAAGAGGUACAGGCUAUUGCGAACGGCCCCGUCGACCUUGCGUACGACGCCAUGUCCGAAGAGGAAACUCUGAAGAUCUCCGGUGCUGUACUCCGCACUGGCGGCUCGUUGGUUGUCACCCUUCCCGGGAGAGACGGAGUAAUCAAGGACGUUAUUGAGGAGAAGAAGUUCCAAGUCGCUUCGGCUAUGGGAAUCAUGACCGGGCCCAACCGUGGGGCCCUUGACGACCUCUGGGCGAGAUUGCCGGAGUGGCUGGAGAAGGGGCUGAUCAAGCCUGUGCCAUACGAGGUUCUCCCUGGCGGUCUGAGCGCGGUUCCUGCAGGCGUGGAGCGUCUCAGGAAGGGCCAAGUAAGUGCUGCGAAGCUGGUGGUGCUCCCACAUGAGACGGCGUAGGAACAGUGGGAUCAUUCGUGCGCCUGUAGUCAGGUUGUGAAGUACGUCAUGAGGUCGAAUCAAUAAUAACGAACUGAGUUGGCUGUCAGUGACAGC